AUGCCUGCGAAACAGUUUGGCCACCCAGCUCCUCUCGUACAGAGCAAGACGCUCGACUUCAUUGAAUCGAUUCCCCUCGUGGCGGAAGCUGAGGACUAUGCGUUCUCUGCCCUGCGCGAUCGCCCGAUCAUGUACCGCAUCUAUGCGUUUGCCUUGUUUUUCAUUGCCGUUGCUUUGAAGCUUGCACAACCGCUCAUCUAUGCGCUGCGCAGGCCUUUGCGAAUGAUCGAUGAUCAUGUAUUGGCCUUUUUGGAGACGGCUAAGCACCAAGUGCCGUACCCUUUCGAAGCGCACUGGUCCGGUCUCUGCAAACAAGCCCAAACAGAGGUUGACGCAUACAAGUCUAGUGUGCAGACGUUGUACGAAAACAAGGUCAAAGAACCAUACAAAAACUUGUACGAGCAGACUAACAAGGCGAUCGAGCAGCUCCAGCAGAACGAGAAUGACUACUUGCAACAGGCAGGCAAUGUGCUCGUCUCUAUCAAUGACAGGCUGACGCGGAUCGUGGAGAACUGGAAGAAACAGUCGAAGAAAGCAACAACUGAAGGAAAAAAUCUGGCCCAGGAGGAGAUAGCCGAGGGCGAGAAGCAGGCGCAGACCCUCGUCCAGAGUCUGUUUACCGAGCUGGAUAACCUGCAAAAGUACGCCUCCGGCGUCUCUGGAGAAGGCCGCAAACAGCUGCAGCCGAUCAUCGACACGUUCAGCUCGACAUACAAGGAUAUCUCUGUCGAGGCAUUUGACUCCAAGCUGCCGAUUCAGGAGCGUGCCGCAAAAGUCGUUGACUAUCUGCGACAGGUUACACUCCCGGCGCUGCAAAAAGCGCUUGUUGCUACGAUCCAUGAUGCUAAGGAAAAUCUGCCCAAGUAUGCCAACAAAGCUUCGAAGAAGGUGCAGGAAGCGGAGCACAAUGUUGUGUCCGCUUCGAAGCAGAGCGAGACACAGGCCCAGAAGAAGAUGGAGGAUACACGCGUUGACGCUGCACAGGCCGUCUCCUCAUCAAAUGAACAAUCCAAGUAA